CCAAAGGGCAAAGGCCCAAAAACCCAGCCGGCCAGAGCCAGUCCCCCACCCCCCAGCAGCCAUGGAGUUCGGCUUCCGCGCAGGAAACAGCACGCAGCGCCGCCCUUCCCCCGAUCGACGCGUCACAGCACAGCAAGCCGGACCCUUCCACGGCGACCACCCGCCGCCCUCGCCGUUGCAGUGGGAGGCUGCGGCCCGGCGCGAGCGGAUCAAACGCGAGGUGGAGCGCCGGCUCAUCGAGGAGGAGGUCCGCCUGGAGCUCGCCCUUGAGCGCGCCCGCCUCCACGGUGGUUUUGGCCCCGCCCCGUUCCUCGGGACCGACGGCUCCGUCGUGCCGGUGCCGCCUCCACCUCCACCUCCAGGCCGGUUCUCCAGGGCCGACGGCCCAUCGAUGACGCCGGCAAUGUCGUGGGACAGCCCUCGGCGGCUCGCGAGAUUUGAGCAACCGAUGCUCCUCAGUGAGACGGGAACGUGGUCCCUGCUGCCGAAGCCGAGGCAUACGCUCCGGCUGCGCGAGAUCGCGCCCAGCGAGAGCUCCGAGGUUCUUUCAUCAGCAACAAAGGCUUCUGGCGUGAAGAGGAAAGCAGCAGCUGCGAUUUCCGCAACAACGACUGAACAACAACCAACGGGAGUACAAGACCCGAGUUCCGGGCAAUGGAGCUGCGCAAUCUGCCAGGUGAGCGCGACCAGCGAGGCCAACCUGAACGAGCACCUCCAAGGGAAAAAGCACAGGGCAAAGCUGGCCCGAUGCGGAGCGACCAAGGCGACGACGGAUCCUCCUCCUAACAGAAGCGGCGAUGGCGCAGUAGCAGUAGCAGCAGGCCCGAGCGACGCGCCGAAGAGGAUCCAGAUCCUGGUCGACGGGGAGGCGCACCAGGUCGUCCAGAGGAGCAGCUGCGUGUGGUGCGAGCGCUGCAGGGUCGGCUGCACCAACGCCGCCGCCAUGGUCGACCAUCUGCGGGGCAAGAGGCACAGCCUGUCGAACAAGGUCUGGACGGCGAUAAAGGCCGUGAGGAGGAGCAGCUAAUACGGCGAUAAAGGCCGUGACCGUGAGGAGGAGGCACAAUCUUGUCGAAUACGGUUGAGCAGGGCCUGUGUUGAGCUUUGGAAAGAAAGGGCACAGACACUAGUUGUUUGACAACUAAUGAAGUGUGGGUUUUCAUAGACCCUCUUAAUUUAGCAGCGGAAAGAAAGACGGUAUAUUCCUUGCUUGUUAUCACUUAUCAGACAAUCACUUAUUCCCU